CAAGAAGAAGAAGAAGCACAGCAGCAGCAUCAACAAGAAUAUAGUAUCAAACUCACAAAACACAUGCAAUCAAAGCAUAAACAAAAUUGCACAAAUGCUUUACAAAACCGACAACAUCAAAAGCUGCAGCAUAAAAAACAACAACACCACCAACGCCAAGAACAACAGCAACAGAAACAAAAACAAAGCGAACAACAUCAACAAUUUAAAAGCCAAAACCAAAAGCAACGACAUCAGCAACUACAAUGGAUCCGCACAUGCUUUGUGUUUGUCAUUUGCCUGUCACUGCCCUCUGCAACGAACACGGAACCUCAGGUCCUUAUGCAGACAACAUCAAAUAAUACAGCAACGCCAGCAAUACGAGAAACAGCAUCAGCAACAACAUUAUUCACAACAACAACAACAACAGCAGCAGCAUCGCCAACAAAUCUGUUGGCUACGUAUACAAUAUCCGCUUCAAGACCCACACACCUUCCACAGUUAGCAAUGGCAACGGCAACGGCAACGGCAACAGCUACGACAAUAGAAACGACAACGUCAACAGCAAAAUCAACUGCAACAGCAACAGCAACGACAACAUUAAUAACUGAGGCAGUUGCUGCAACAUUUGAAAGUCAUAUGACAAAAGGAUAUUCAGUUAGGUUGCCUGUAGAUACCAGCGGUGAUGUUGCGUUAAGUGGGAGUGGCAUGGCUCGUAUACGCAUCGUACGUUCACUCGACAAUGGCCAUAACAAUGGGAAUAGUGGCAGCGGCAGUGGCAGUGGCAGCAGCAUUGGAGGCGUUUUCUCAUCCAACACGGACGGCAAUAAUAAUAUCGAGUGUCCCACUUUUGACGAGAAUUCAGCGUGUCCAUGUUAUAAAUUUGAAGAUGGUCUCUUCUUGGAAUGCCCUGGCACCACAGCCAUGUCAUUGCGUACCACAUUGGAACGCAUAUUACGGCCAAUACAUUCGUUAUCAAUUUAUGAUUUUGAUCGUUCGGUCACGUCGCUUUCACAGGAUGUCUUUCAACCUGGUGUCAAUGUGAAACAUUUGCAAUUUUCGCACUCGCAUUUGGAAACGCUCAAGGAUAACAGCCUGAAAAACGUACGUGCAACGUUGGAGUCGUUGAGCAUUGUUAAUGGCAAAUUAACACAGAUACCAUCGCGUGCGCUGAGUUCCAUGCAAAAAUUAACUGCGCUCGACUUUGACUACAAUGAAAUCUCGAAGAUAGAGAACUAUAGUUUCUAUGGUCUACGGCUAUCCAAGCUCAAUAUGAAAGGCAAUCGACUACAGGCUAUUCCAGAGCAUGGUUUUGCGGGUCUUGAGGAGUCAAUGCAAGAAAUUGAUUUGUCUGAGAAUAGCUUACGUACUUUUCCUUUGCUGGCUUUGAGAAAACUGGAUCAUCUGCGCACAUUACGUUUGUCAAAUAAUAAAAUCUCAACAUUUUAUGGUGACAUCACCUUAACAACUAAUAAUGCCUCAGCGGUAGCUACCCUGCGUUUACCAUCGCUUAUUUUUCUCGGUCUCAGCUCAAAUCAAUUUACAGAAAUUAUUGAUGAUUGCUUUCGCGCAUUUCCAUUACUUAAAACUCUCUCUCUAUAUGCUAACCAGAUCGAAAUAGUACAACCAGAUGCUUUUAAGAGUCUCAAGGAACUUAUGUCAUUAGAUAUGUCACACAAUCGUAUUAUUUCAUUGGACUCAAAAAUAUUCGACAAGAACAAACGUCUACAAACUGUCGAUUUGAGCCACAAUCAUAUACAUUCUAUCAGCGGUGUAUUCUCAAAUUUACCGCAAUUGCGCGAAAUAUUUCUAUCGGAAAACAACAUUCUAGAGUUGCCCGCAGAUGCAUUCACCAAUUCCACCAAUGUCGAUGUCAUUUACUUAGAAUCGAACGCUAUAGCACAUAUUGAUCCAAAUGUGUUUAGCACACUCAUCAAUUUAGAUCAUCUCUACCUGCGCGCUAACUUCAUCCCUUUAGUGCCAGUGACACUAUUUGACAAAUGCCAAAAGCUGUCCUCGCUGUCAUUAGACAACAAUGAAAUACAGGAUCUAGAAAUUGGCAUGUUCCGUAAACUGGAGUAUUUGCGUGAAGUACGCCUACACAACAAUCGCAUACGUCGCAUACGUAAAGGUGUAUUCGAACCAUUGCCGGCUCUACAGGAGUUGCAUGUGCAAAAAAAUAACAUCGAAGAUAUAGAGCCGGGUGCGUUUUAUACACUAACCAAUAUGCAGCACAUAAAUUUGCAAGACAACCAACUAACUGUGUUGGAAGACAUCUUUCCAAAUGAAAAUGUUAACUCCUCUUUGCUCUCCAUACAAUUCGAGUCGAAUUAUAUACACAAGAUCCAUACAAAAACCUUUCGCCAUCAGUUACGUAUACAGAUUAUGUGGCUGCGUGAUAAUAAACUCACAAAAAUUGAGAAGUCCAUGUUCGUUGAUCUUAAGGAGUUAAGUCGUUUAUAUCUGGACAACAAUCACAUACGUGAUAUUGACAAAGAUACUUUUAGCACGUUGAAGAAUCUCAAGUUCUUAGAUUUGAGCCAUAAUCGGCUUAAGCAUGUGCGUCGGGAAUAUUUUUCUGCAUUGCAUAACUUAGAAGAACUUUCCUUGUGCGAUAAUCAUAUAGAAGCUAUUGAAGGUUAUGCUUUCAACAAACUGAAGAAUUUGCGAGUUUUAGAUUUGUCAAAUAAUCCUCUAGUACAAAUCACAAAGGACGUUUUUAUGGAUGAAUUAUCAUUGACACAUCUCAAUUUGCGCAACACUUCAUUGCGUAAAAUUGAGAUGCAUACAUUCAAGUCCUUGCAGAACUUGAAUGUGUUAAAUUUCGAAGAGAAUUACUUAAACCCUGCCGAUAUACAAAAAUUAGACGUACCUGGCUUAAGAACCCUACAGCUAUCACACAAUAAUUUUAGUAACGUGGGUGUAGGUGGCAUUAUAGCUGGCAUGUUCGAUAAAUUACGUUCCCUACAGCACCUCACCAUGGCCAACUGCAGUGUAGGUACAAUACCAGACCAAUUAUUCACAAAAAAUACGAAUUUAGUCAAAAUUGACCUUUGUCACAAUCACUUAACCGUCAUGAAUCGCAAUAUUUUUAAUGGCCUCAACGUUUUUAAGGAACUUCGUCUAUGCCAUAAUAAUCUAUUCGAAUUUCCACACAUACCUCUAUAUAACUUGAGUACACUGGAAAUCUUAGAUUUGUCACGAAAUCAACUGAGCGUCAUCGACUUUUUUAAACUUAGCGGAACACUCAAUCUACGACAAUUAUUUUUGAACGAUAAUAAAAUCACUUCACUUAGCGGUUUUAAUGCAGUGAAUCUAACACAACUGGACAAUGUUGACUUGAGUGGUAAUUUGCUGUUAUCACUACCGGCUAAUUUUUUGCGUCACUCAAUUAACUUGCAGCGCGUUGACUUGUCUAGCAAUCGCUUUCUGCAAAUUCCGAGUUCCGCUUUAUCUGAUGUCUCAAUACCACGCCUAUCUUGGCUAAAUCUAACUGGAAAUCCAAUCAAUAAAAUUUACACUGUUAAAGAAGAACGUUACCCGUAUCUGAAGGAGCUCUAUAUUUGUCAAACGAAUUUAUCCAUACUCACCUCAAAGGAUUUUGAAGCAUUUCAAGCGCUACAACAUUUGCACCUUGUGAAUAAUCGUAUUACACGCAUUUCACCCGGCGCCUUUAAAUCACUCACGAACUUAUUAACCCUCGACAUAAGCGUCAAUGAACUGGAGCUGCUGCCAAAGGAACGUUUGCAAGGCUUAUCCUUGCUGCGUACGCUGAAUAUUUCGCACAACAGCUUGAAGGACUUGGAGGAAUUUAGUGCGGACUUAGCACAGCUGCAAACAUGCGAUUUAUCCUUCAAUCAACUGGAUCGUAUAUCGAAAAAGACUUUUCGCAAUUUGCACGGCUUGGUGCAGCUUUAUUUGAUGGGAAAUCGCAUGACUGUGCUUUCGACAGACGCGUUUCGAUACCUCAGAAAAUUGGAUGUGCUCGACUUGCGCAAAAACUAUUUCGAAUUGAUACCCAUUGAUGCACUGAAACCAUUGGAAACGAAUAUAAAAACCCUAAAAUUGGAAGAAAAUCCACUGCAUUGCAGCUGUGAUGCACAGAAACUGUGGGAAUGGUUACGUGAUCAUCGAAAAUGGUCCGCAACGGGUGAUAAUAUUAAUUACCUCAGGUGCGAACUUCCGGCGGAGCUGCGUGGCAAGAUAUUCGCUAAAAUGGAACCAAAACAGUUUUGUGAUGCGCCAUUAAUACCAAAAAUUGCCAUACAGGAUAUACAACCAUACUCAGUUGUCGUUUCAUGGCAGAGUCGCGAACAUUUAGGAUUAAAUGGUUACGAAAUCGUUUACCAUUCAACAACAGAUGGCGGCAUGGAUAUUGAUGAGAUACGAGGCAAACGUUUGAACGGCACGGCACACUCAGCAAAACUAACAAAACUUAACGCGAAUACACGGUAUCAUAUUUGCGUUAUUGGCACCGGUAAUUGGCUUUCCGAGCCUGUGGCAAACGCACUUCAAAGAAUACAUUUUAACGACUCAUUCCUAAUGCUGCGCGAUGAAGCUGGUGGUACCAAUCAGCUUUUUUACCAACACCAACAACAACAACAGCAGCAGCAGCAACAGCAACAGCAAUAUCAAUCCCAUCAAUUGCAACAUCCGUAUCAGCAGCAUCAUGCAUAUCAGCAAAUGUACGCCGAUAACAUGGGCGACCAUAUAGACUUUCUGAAUCAGCACACGCAAGCUCAACCACAACAACAACAGGCACUAAUCGAGAACACAGUUAUGACCGACAAUGCAUUGCAGGAAGUGUUAAAAAAUUCACACAUUUCCACUUGCACCGACGUACAAACACUCGACUCGACGCCAAGUUUAAUCACCGACGAAAACGGCCUUUCAAGCAAUGGCUUCAUACAUUCGAUAUUAACGCGCCGCCUAGGACUCAUAGUGGGCUGUUGUCUGGGCAUCAUAGUAUUUAUCGUAAUGAUAUCGGUGCUUAGCUAUGUUAAGUUGAAGAAGCAGCGCAUAGAGAAUGCCAAGCGGCAAGCAGCUAUGCCACCCGAAUUUAUCUCAUAUCGUCACUUCUCCAUACCCAACGAGGAGCUGGUACGUUCUGGUACUGUAAUGUCAAGUGUACCGAGUGGUAUUAGUGCACACAUUAGCGGCACUAGUUUGAGCACAAGUACAACAGCAGCUACGACACCAAUCGGUGUAGUGGCCGUGAAGACUGUUGAUGGCGGUGUUACUGGUGUUGGUGGUGUUGGUAGCAUUGGAUUGGGUGUGAGUGCGAGUGUGAGUACGGCUGUUGUCGGUGGCAAUGUUGGAAAUACUGGAAAUGGUAAUGGCAAUGGCACUAUGAUAACCGGCGGCAAUGGUGCGGUAAAUUUAACCUCAUCUACCGCAAUUGCGCCAUCGAAUGAUGUUGUAAGCGUGACAACGACUGCAAAUAACCACAAUCAUCAUGCGCAUCAUCAGCACCAUCAGCACAGCCAGCACAACCAGCAUCAGAACCAGCAACAGCAUCCACAGCAGCAACAGCAGCAACAUCAGCAGGGUAGCAAUCAUCACAGCGGUGUAGGUUAUAUGGCAGCAGGUGUGGUGCUUGGCGCAAAUCAUUUAAACGCGUGUUAGUUACCAUUAAAGAUACUCAUUCUCGAGGAGCAAUUCACCUUUACUCAUGCGAUGUAUGUAAAAGUUGUCAUAAUAUUUUAUGGAAUUCGAUUCCACUUUAUUUUCAAAAAAAAAAUAA